AUGCGUAAUAGAACGAAAAUCAUUCUAACCGAGGAUGAUGAACAGUUGUAUAGUAGUUCAAUAGGAAAAAUAAUUAAAAUUGGUGAUGUUUUGUGUUCCACUUGUAGACUAAUUCCUUAUAGAGGAGAAGCAAGCACAGACAAUAUUAAUGAUUUAUCGCAUAGUAGUACUGAAAACAAAUGUGUUAGUGAUUCUUGCAGUGAAUAUGAAUGUAAUAUACCUCCGAAAACUGAUUUAUCCGUGGAUCUUUGUCUCAAUCGAGUUGCAUCGACGCAUAGACAUUGUUCUAUUUGCAGUAAUAAAUCCGACCUAAUUACAAUUCCUCUAGAAGCCAGGAUUCACGCAUUUGUAAAAGUCAGAAUAUAUAUACCGCUUGGAAAUCGUGCAUGCAAUAAGCAUUUUUUUGGAAAAAUUUUUUAUGAAGAAGAUAUACGACAGUUACGUAUUUAUUCAAACACUAGUCUCGUCCCUCAGAAGGAAAUAUCAAUAUUUUUAAACGCUUUGGCAGAUACAAGUGUUUCAUUAUUUAAGCAGAUAGAUAAUUUAUCUAUAUCGUCUGAGCAAAUAAAAAUAUUAACAGGUUUUAAUCUAGAAGUAAUUGCAGAAAUAAGUAAAAUGCUUAGAUCAAUGAAAAAUAGUAAUAAUCGAAACAUAUUCCAAGCAUUAGUUAUUUUUUUGUUCAAAUUAAAGACGGGAAAUUCUAAUCAAGUCAUCGCCGGCGUUUUUAAUAUUUCAAAGAGACAAGUCUCUCAUUAUUAUAAACAAAUUUUAAUUGGAUUCGAAAAAGAUAUAUUGGAUCAAAAUUUUGGAUUAGAGUCUUUUACCAGAACCCAAUUAAUAUCGGAGACAUCAUACAACGCACAAAAAAUUCUGGGAUUAACCAAUGAGCAACUGGCAUUAAUAUGUGAUGGUACAUAUAUACGACACGAAAAGAGCACAAACAAUGAAUAUCAAAGAAAGUCAUUUUCUGGCCAAAAACGGGUACCACUAUGCAAACCAUUUACAAUUUGUACAACAAAUGGUUUCAUAGUUGACUUUUUAGGCCCAUACCUGGCAACACAAAAUGACGCCACAAUCAUGAAAAUUAUAUUAAAAGAUGCGCAUGGCAUCAGAACUUUUUUGCAACCUGAUGAUAUUCUAUUGGUAGAUCGCGGUUUUCGUGAUGCUUUAACAGAUAUAAAAUCAGCAGGAUAUGUGCCUCUUAUGCCAUGCUGCAGGGGUAGAAGAAAACAACUCACAACAGAAGAGGCGAACGAAUCCAGAAGAAUUACAAAACUUCGAUGGGUUAUUGAAGCUGUACAUGGUAAUAUUGCGCAAAGAUAUCGGCUUUUACACAACACACUAAAUAAUAAAUUAUUGCCUAAAGUCCGAACAUUAUGUAAAAUUGUAGGGUUUUUACAUAAGUAUGGAAAACGAUUAUCAUCGGAUGGAGAUUUAGCUGAUGAAGUGAUCAACUAUAUGAAUGAACGGACUAUACCCAACACCUUACAUGAUGAAGUUAUUGAAAAUCGAUGGACCAGACGAGCAACAACACUUCAACUUCUUCAGCCAGAUCAGUUAUUAGAUUUUCCACAUUUGAAUGAACGAGAACUUAAAAUAUUAUUCACAGGGUCAUACCAGUUAUCACAAGCAAUAUCUUACCUGGCUGAAAUGCUGUCUGACCAAAAUCAGCCGAAGUUAUAUUACGUAAAAGAACAUAGGAAUAUAAUUAGAAUUGAUGUCCAAUCACGGCAUAUAAAUAGGAAAAAAUAUAAUGUUUAUAUUGAAUAUACUCCGCUUGGCACCAACUAUCGAAGUAUUUUAAGGUAUUGCUGUAGUUGUCCCAAUGGAUUGAGGACUGUUGGUUGCUGUUCACAUAUUGCGGCUAUUAUAUAUUAUAUGUCAUUUGCGAGGUAUUUAUCACGUAUUAUACGUCCAUCAGAAAUACUAUCGAAAAUUUUUAUAAUAGAGGAAACUUCGGUUGCUAUUAACCACGACAGUGAUGACGAUUAA